AUGAGUAGACUUAAAUUUGGACUACUUGCGCAUCGAUUAUUAUCGUCCACAUACACUGUUGAUCGUACUCUUCAAAUUCCAACUCAUUUAUUUGUAAAUAAGAUUAAUGUUUUCUCGACACAAAUAAAACGAUUUGCCGGUCAUGCUCAUUGGCAAAAUGUGAAACAUAUAAAAGAAGCUGGUGAUCGUGAAAAAGCUCAAAAUGCACUGCACUACGUUAAGGCUGUACAGAGAGCAAUUAGAGAAGGCGGAGGAAUUCGUGAUCCAAAGAAAAACUCGAAAUUAGCUGCAGUUUUAGCUGAAGCUAAAUCAAAAGCUGUCCCCUUUUCUACUUUGGAAAAACAAUUAAAUACGGAUAAUGAAAUUGAACCGUAUAUAAUUGAAAUAAAAGCUCCAGGUGGAUUAUUUGUGAUUGUAGAAAGUCGAGCUAAACACGUUGCCUCUGAGCGUCAACGUGUCUGUUCUAUCGUAAAAAAAUAUGGUUUCUCUCUUGUUCUUUCUGGCGAUAUGGCUAACAAGUUCUUCGAUCAUAUUGGUUUAGUCACUGUCUCUGCUAAAUCUAGUAAGCAUUUAUCAGAUUUAGAUGCAGCAACUAAUUUGGGCAUUGAAAUCGGAGCAAAAGAAGUUGAAUUAAGUUCUAGUGAAGAUCAAACUUAUCAUUUUCAUUGUGAAGUACAUGAAAUUGAUAGUUUACGUCAAUCCCUUGAAAAUACAUAUCAAAUUCCAGUAAUCAAUACCCAAGAUAUUUAUUAUGCUAAAACCCUUGUUCCUAUUCAUCCAGAAGUACGUCAAACAUUAAAUGAAAUGUAUGAAAAAAUUAAAACACUUGAAUAUGUUAAUAGAAUAUUUGAUAAUGCAAUCAUUAAUAAUAAAACAUAAAUAUUAUUCGGAUUCAUGAUUUCCCGCCCCCCCCCAGCUCUACAUUAACCCCUCCCCUUCUAUAACUUAAUCCAAUAUAAUUUCAUAUGUACAACAUUUUGAUACAAGCCGGAUACUUCGUAUAUAUUCAUUCGUACAACUUUUUGUACUCUAUAUCUAUUUCCUAAUUAUAUUUUGAAGAUCAAUUUCAGUUGAAAAAAAAGUCUAUUAGAUUUUCUUUUUUUCUGUCAUUUCAAAGGAAAUAUCUUUCUUUUCUUUGUACAUUGAUGUCAUUCAUAAUGAACAUGGAACCAAAUAAGAUCAAUUAAAUAUCACUCAAUAUAUCUUAGUAUAUUAGUUAGCAUAUUUAACAGUGUAUAACAAAUACAAGAUUAUCGUACGGUAAAUUAACUUGCUUGAAUUAUUAAGUACUAUGAUGCUCCUUGAGUUAGAGAUUAAAUUGAAACUGUCAACCUCUGAAUUUUUUUGUCGUAAUAUCUUAAAUUCAUUUGGUGCUUGUUUUACAUAAAAGUCAAAUUUACAACCAGCAAUUUCAAAUUUCCAUAGAUUGAUUAGUAGAUGUCAGUUCGUUUAGUUGAAAAUAAGGUAAAGUACUCUG